UCUGUGCAUGUGUGUGUCUGUUUACAGAGGGGUUGUGGAGGUUCAGGCGGAGUUCAGGUUAUUCACAUCUCAGGAUGUAGAGUUUCAGUAAAUGGUGCAGCGUGUGUGCAACAGUGGCGCGGCUUUGUGUCACAGCGGCAGAAUCUAAACACACACCACCACGAGGACGACAGAGCUGGGGAGAAUUAGAGGCACGGAGAUGAGUAAAUAUGGAGAAGCAAUGGAGACAAUGAUGAGAAUGGAGACGGCACUGCAAGGAAAAUGCAGAGCGAAAAUACAAGCCCAGCAACAAAAGACUGGAUGUUUUGGAUGCAGUAUUGUUUCAUAGAUGGGUGUCCUUGCUGGAUUCCGGGAAAGGAACAAAACUUCCUCUGCUGCAGUCGCAGUCUCAGUGAAAGCAGACAGGCUCUCGGCGUGAGUGCAUCAUGGAGAGACCUGUUGCCGUGUCGGUGCGCAGGAGUCCCUCACUACCAGAUUACAACACCUCGACCUCCACCUUGGCCUUUGACCAGCAUUUCACUACAACUCUCAAAGGAAUUCUCCUCCAGGCUGAGAUAAUAUGUGGCAUGUUAGUGUGGAUUCUGGUUGGGGGUACAGACUAUUUUCAUCUGCCUGCUCUCUGCUGGGUGAUGUUUCUUUCCAUCUUGUUCUGGAUUCUAACAGUUAGCCUGUUUAUAAUUUACCUCACUGGAGUCCAAAACAGGAUACCACAGGUCCCCUGGACCACACUGUCACUGUGCAUUAAUUGCAUUGCUACUGCACUAUAUCUUGUGACAGCAGUAGUAGAUGCUCUCUCCGUCAACCAGGACGUCAGGGGGCGACACAACUAUAACUGCUGGGCAGCAUCAGCGUUCUUUGCAUUUCUGACCACACUUUGUUAUGCAGGAAGCAGUUAUCUGAGCUACCGUACAUGGAAAACCACAGAAGAAGAGCAGUAGCGUCAUUGCCUCUCAUCUUAUUGCAACAUCCUUCUUUUUCUCUGUCAACACAAACGUUUGUGACUUCUGUGACCAAAUUCUAACGAAGUAAAGUUCAGUAGAAAAAUGAAAAGCCUGCUGUGACGGAGCAGCCACUUGUUUUCAGCAUGUUUAACCUUGUUUGUGUGAUGCAGCCAUGCAACCAGUGGUCUACAUACAAGCAGUUUGAGAAGAUAAAGCAGUGAAGGACGUAACAUAAAAACCAUGUGUACACAUGUGUACAACGUGCGUUUGUUCUAAUAUCCAAAAUGCUUUUUAUUUUGUGUAUUGAUUUUUCUCUUGAUUGCCACCAAUUUCCAAAAAGAUCAAGUCAAAAACGUGCUGCUCACAAAACACUGAACAUUAUACAACUUUAUCCUUCAACCAUAAAGCAUAAAUAAAAAUAGUAAAAAUCA